AGUAAGAUAUAAGGAGAAGUAUCCAAUCUAAGAGUUAUGGGAACUGUAAAAAACAUAUCCCCAUACAGAUCACAUACAUCAAUCUUGUAGUCUCAUAGAGAUCACAAAUUUGGACUUAAACCAAAUCCCUAUGGUGGUGGUGGUGGUGGUGUACUAGUAACUAGCAUAUUACAAGUCCAUGGCCUUGACUUGGGUUCUAUGCUUGCUGUUUUUAAGGGAGAGGAGCUUUGCUUCAAACUUCAACCCUUCACUAACUCUUAAGUCCUCGUCAUCAUCGUGAUUUUCGCAGAAACGGAUUACGGUCAUCCAUAAACGUCGCCCAGAUCUUUAGGAAGCAAUGGAUGAAAAGCAUGAUUCCGACAAGAGCAGUGAUGAUUUCAUGUUGCCGGGCUUCCGGUUUCAUCCCACAGAUGAAGAGCUUGUGGAGUUUUACCUCAAGCGAAAGCUGCAGCAGAGGGCUCUUCCUAUUGAGCUGAUUAAGCAAGUGGACAUUUACAAAUAUGAUCCAUGGGACCUUCCAAAGCUAGCUUCUACUGGAGAGAAAGAAUGGUACUUCUACUGUCCAAGGGAUCGUAAAUACAGGAACAGCACGCGACCAAACCGUGUGACAGGAUCUGGAUUCUGGAAAGCCACAGGAACCGAUAGGCCUAUAUACUCUUCAGAUGGAACUAAAUGCAUUGGUUUGAAGAAGUCCCUGGUUUUCUAUAGAGGCAGAGCUGCCAAAGGCAUGAAAACAGACUGGAUGAUGCAUGAAUUUCGACUUCCUUCCACGACAGAUGGUGCUCCACCACCACCGCCUCCGCCCAAAAAAUUCUUGGACAAGAACCUUCCGCCAACUGAUUCCUGGGCUAUUUGCAGGAUUUUCAAGAAGAAUAAUUCCACGGCACAAAGGGCUCUUUCUCACUCUUGGGCAGCUUCAUUGUCGGAAACAGCAUCUCCUGAUACUAAUUUCACAUACAACUACAGCGGACAUCCCACUCAGUUCAACUCAGAGAACAUCUCAUCAACCACUGAAAACGAGUUUCAACCGGUCAAUUUCGCUGAUCUUAACAUCCCAUCAUUCAAAACUAUCACUGGCAAACCAGCUAUCUUUCCAUCUCCCAACGGAGACUACUUCCCUGGAAACCUCAUUUUCUCAUCUUCUGAGGAAGUUUCAGGCACAAGCAACAAGAGUACAGUUGAUCUAACUUCCAUGCUUUUCAAUCUAUCCCCUGCAUUAGGCAGUGAAGCCUGCAAGACAUCUGAGUCCAUCGACUUUGAAGGGUCAAAACAGCAGUUCAACGGCUACUCAGUCAACUCCUCACAAGUGAUGCAAGCAAGCAUAAAUCCGGAAGAUGAGCAAGAAGGCUUUAGAAAGAACCAAAGCAUAACAAAUACGCAUAACCAGUGGGGAAAUCUUCGUACGAUGGGGUUUCCGUUCAGCUUGCCAUCAUCUGUACCAGAUUCAUGGAAGCCUACUCUGCCGUGGGAUUCACCCCCCUGUCCUAGUGAAAUAUCAUCAACUAAUUACUCUACAAACAAGUGUUAUACAUAGCUGAUCAUAGUUCAUGUUGUCAAGAUGUAAUGGUCUCCUUUCUUGCUCUGCUUAGCAAGCAGAGCUUGUAUAAAAUCUAUUUUUGCAUUCACUGUCAGUGUACAGCUCUCCACUAGUGUGAUAUUGGCCUAAGAAU